AUGUUAGGUUUUAUAUUACUUUUACUAGUUUAAGCUCAAAUUAGGAAAUAUGAUUGGAUCAACAAUUACUUCGCAUUACAAUGCACAUGUUUAAAUGAAUGCUGCAUAUAUGGGUCAUUUAUUUUAAAAAACGACAAAGUUAUGAAUACAAACUUCGUAUAGAUAGAUGCUAAAUUAUAAGGAUCAGGAUGUACUUAAUAUACUGUUGAAGAUGUAUUCUCAAUUAUUUUACAACUAGGUCAUUUGUACUCUAGAAUCCCCUACUGAUGUUCAAACUACAUUGAGUUGUCCACUUUAAGGUUGGGAAUGGUCGGUCUCUAGGGAUAGCAAUACUGGAUCAAUAUAUUGGACUGAUAACAAUAAUUGCCAAGGAGUAUGGAACGUGAUCGAUUUAUCUGCCAAUUCAGUGGUUUAUAUAUUCAGCCCUAUUAUUGUGCUUGGAACAAUCAUAUAUUAUAUGUUAUGA